AUGAAUCAACCUCAAAACACCAAUAACUAUAAGAAUCUCCGGGUGGUAGAAGGGAAACAAGCAAUUGCCCAAUGUGUGCAACAAAGUGAAGAGAUCAAAAACAUACUAUCCAAUGAUACUUUACUGGAUGUCCCAGAAGAUGCAUGGCAAUCAGCCAUGCAAACUUUUGAAGCAAGCAUGGUUUCCUUUGAAUAUAAUGUCGAGCAGCUUGGAAAGCCUGACGUUAUAAAGUUAUUGAAAGCGAAGUUAUCAAAACUAGCCAGAAAAAGGGCUUGGAAGAAAAGACAUCUGGCUCGUAUGCGUAUGAAGAAACAUGAACAAUACAAGAACCGAAAACGUCUAUUAAAAGCGGUUGACGCUUGGCGGAUUACCAUGUCUCAACAAGGGCAGGUUUACAAAAAGUUACAAGAGCAAGAAAAGAAGAGAGAGAGAGAAGGAAAGAAGAAACGAGAGGAAAACAAAACAAAGAUCAAAGAGAUGUCUAGAUUGCUUGAACGAUUAACUCUAUUAAGAGAUUUGAGACGCCAACAGCUUGAAAAUAAAGGACAUUUCUUCCCGGAAGAGGGAAAUGAUUUCUUUAACAAAGUCAAAGCAUGGCAUGUUGCUACUGAAGAAAAAGAUGGCACAGAGCAAGAAGAAACCACUACGAAUACAUCUUUGUAUAUUCAUCCGGAUGACCAUUGGAAUGUCUUGGGGCUUGACAAUAUGUCGUAUACAUACUGGUCUCAGGGCUUUCAAAAUACAGAAGCCCUGCGACGCGUCCGUAAAUUAUGGGAUCAUUACAUAAGUGAAGAAGAAACAGCCCGUGAAGCGAAAAUCCCUCCUUACUGGGUUGAGCCUUCUCCACCUGCCAAUUGGGUGUGGGCUUCCUGUCUGGUGCAAGACUCUUGA